CGGCCGGGCGGGGCGGCCGGGGCCUGCGCCGGGGCCUGCGCCGGGGGCCCGGAGGGGACUCUUGGGUCCGGACAGCAUGUGACACUGGCCAGGAUUCCACCCUCAUGGAAGCUGAGGAGCCCCCAUGUGGAGCCUUGGCUCCCGUCCCUGCUAGAGCGGAGUUCAGUGUGAGCCCCGCAGCUCCCAGGAGAGGGAGCCAGGCCCCUGCCUUGGAGCUGGAAGCGGAAGAGGGCGAGGGCCCGUCUGAUAAGUGGGCACAGGGACACACACUCUUGGAGACCCCGCAGAGAGAGGGGAGGGAUGUGAAUGACUAUGCAGCUGAGGGCAUGACCUCCGUCCCCCAGGAGGCCUCUGCAGAUGUGGAGAGCAGACAGGAAGACCUGAUGGCUGCCGCCUGCGACACUCCAGCGGACCUGGGGGCAGUGCCCCAGAGCCCAGCAGACAGAGACGCAAGGACACCGACUCCUCCAGAGCCCCGGGCCUGCCCCGACCAGGGUGAACGUCUAGACAACGCCCCAAUACCCAGUGAACUGGGCAGCAGCGUGGAGGUGGAAUCUGGACCAGAACUCACUUCUCUGAUACUGGGACCUGGACAAGCGGAAGGGAAGGAGGACACUCACCCAGACACCUCUGCUCAGACAAGCGUCUGGCCGUCCUGGGAAGAGCACCUCGUAGACACCAGCCAGCCGCAGGACCCAGAAAGUGGGGCUGUCAGGCAGGAAAGCCCAGGGGGAGAGGGGCCCAGGUGCCUCCAGGAGGCCGAGGGGCUGGAGGAACGGGGAGGAGAGGACGGGGCACUUCAGGGGGAAGGAGCUUUGGGGGAGGAUGUUUGUUCUGAUGGGCUUUCAGGGGACCGGGAACAGAUGGGACGGCAGGUUAAUGGUGCAGAUGCAGAUCAGAGGCCACAACAGGAGCAGGUUCAAGAGCUUGUGCCUCUUGCAGGACCAGGAGAGAGAAAGGGGCACAACGGGGAGCUGGGUGGUCAGAGCUACGGUGAGUGGGAGGGGAAGGUGCAGGGCCAGAAGGAUCCAGAACAAGGGGAGCAGAAGAGGAGGGGGUUGACGGGGCCAGAAGAGAGUAGCCUGGAUGCUCAGUGCGAGGAGAAGCAAAGCUUAGUGGGAAAAUCAGUGAAAGUAACUGGAAAGCAAGAGGAUCUGGGCGUUCAGGGCAGAGGGAUGCCAGUAGAGGGGCAGGAGGAGGAGGUGGGGUUGAGCGAGGAGGAGCCAGGGAGUUGGGAUGGGGACACAUGGGAGGGGGUGGGAGAAGAGAAGGGAGCAGAAGGAGUUGAGCACGGUGCUUCUGCACUGGCUCCGGUAGCCCCUGAGGUCUCUUCUCCCUGCGACUUGUCUCCGGAUGUCUGUUAUCCCACGGGCAGGAUUCCUGGGACUCAGACAGAGCCCAGCGCUGAAGAGCUGCCCCCCGGAGCUCCGACUCCUACGCUGGAGCCAAUAGGAGGGUCCUGCCAGCCCAUUUCUCUACCUAGCUCUUUGCUAGGGGAGUCACCCGGCCAAGAAGCAGCCCAGAACAACCAGCAAGAGGAAUCUGAGCCAGGAAAGGAGACGGCAUCCAGCCCGGGGGCUGAGGUGGUCCCUGCCAGCGCCUCUGUGACCCCCCCGAGGACACCAGAGUCAGCGCCCUCCAGCCCCUCUGAAGGUGCCCCCGGCACAACUGCCUCGUCAUCUGCCAGCCCCCCUGCUGUCUUUCCCGGGAGGGAGCCCUCUGUUGCUGCAUCUUUUCCAGAAACCUCCAGGGCCCCUCUCUCAACCGACAGCCCAUCUGCCUGCGGGGCUUCGGAGACGCCCCCAGCUGCCCUCCGUGGCUUCCCCUCGCCAGGCCGGGCCAGCCCUCAGGGUCCCCCAGCCAGCCGCUCAGGGCCGGGCCAGCACCUGAGAAGCAACUCCUUUCCGGGUUCCCACGGGACAGACCCAGCUCCGGACCUGGCGGGACUACCACUUUCCUUCUCCCAUUCAGAGUUGCCCCUGAGGCCCCCCAGACCUGCCAUCUAUGGCUCUGUGAUCCCCAGGAGGAGCAGGAAAAGCGGAAGGGGCGGCGGCAUCGUUCCAGAGUCGGCAAGUUCGUUACUGGCUCAAUGGCAGGGCUCUCGGGAAUUCACCGCAAGCCCAGAAAGGCCUGGCAGUCCCCCCCACAGUCAGCAGUGGGGCUCCCCACAUCACUCAGCCUCUGUCCCAGGUUCUCCUGCCCACAGCUCUCCCCCACCCCUUGUCUCCAGAGAUACGAGGGUCCAUGAACCCCCGCCCCCUCCUCCCCCAGAGAAGAGGCUGGUCUACCCAUCUAUGGUGGAGAGAGACGGCCAUCUCCAUGCGGUGGCCCCCACGCUGAAGCGCUGCAGCCCUCCGCUUCCAGUGGCCCUGGGUCCAGGGCUACAUGGCCCCCCUAAAGGCCCACCUCCCCAAGCUCCUGACCCCCUCGUGGCAAGGCAGCAUCGGCCUCUGCCCUCCACCCCAGACACUCCCCACCAGAGCCAGACCUCUUUCUCCCCCAGGCAGAGAUACAACAAGCCGUUGCCUCCAACUCCUGAUUUGCCCCAGCCCCACCAUCCUCCUGUUUCUUCUUCAAGCAGCUCAAGGGUCUACAAGCCUCUGCCCCCAGUCCCGAUCAUGGAUCCCUCUGCUGAAGCACCCCCGUUACCCCCAAAGUCCAGGGGCAGGAGCAGGAGCUCUCAGGGAGGACUCAUGAACUCAGGGGGUCAAGCCAAGACAAGGCCUGUUUGUCAGGAGUGGACAGUUUCCACUCCCCAUUCUGGGGGGCGAACCUCCUGGCCUCCAGCCACGGGCAGAGCCACAGACACUCUGGCUUCCACCAGCAGGAGUAAAAGCGAAGUGUCCCCUGGCAUGGCUUUCAGCAAUGUGACAACACUUCUAAGUCCCUCUUCCCCCACUAACCCCUGGACUCCAGAGGCCCAGGGACCAGCCUCUGAAUCAGGGCUCUCAGAAGAAUCUGAAGUCCCUGCCAGAGGAUCUUUGAGAAGAAUAGCCCCUCAGGAAGGAGCCAAUGGCCUGAGGAGGUCGGACCUAGGCCAAGCCAGGCAGCCAGAAAAACCCAGCCAUCCCUGUCUGGAGAAGGCGUCCAGCUGGCCCCACAGACGGGACCCCAGCGAGGGGUCCAGCAAGCACAAGGACUGGCACCGGCAAGGCCUGCGCAGAGCUUCCAUCCUGCCCGAGGGCCCUGCAGACACAAGAAGUCCAGCCAUGGAAAAAUCCCUUGGCCUUUCAGAUGCCAUUGUUUUCCGAGAGAAAAAGCCAAAGGAGGUGACGGGAGGCUUUUCAAGACGCUGCUCCAAGCUCAUCAACUCCUCUCAGCUGCUCUACCAGGAGUACAGUGAUGUGUUUCUGAACAAGGAGAUUCAGAGCCAGCAGCGGCUGGACAGCCUGACAGAGACACCUGGGCUUGUCUCCCCCCGGCAGCCCCGGAAGUCCCUGGUCCCCUCGGAGUCCUACCUGCAACGUCUCUCCAUGGCCUCCAGUGGCUCCCUCUGGCAGGAAAUCCCGGCGGUGCGCAAUAGCGCUGUGCUGCUCUCCAUGACCCAUGAGGACCAAAAACUCCAGGAGGCCAAAUUCGAGCUGAUUGUGUCGGAGGCCUCAUACCUGCGCAGUCUACAUAUUGCUGUGGAUCACUUCCAACAUUCAGAGCAGCUCCGGGCCAUCCUUUCGAACCAGGAUCAUCAGUGGCUCUUCUCACGUUUACAGGAUGUGCGUGACGUCAGCACCAUGUUCCUUUCAGACCUGGAAGAGAACUUUGAGAACAACAUCUUCACCUUCCAAGUGUGCGAUGUGGUCCUGAACCAUGCUCCCAACUUCCGCCGGGUCUACCUGCCUUAUGUCACCAACCAGACCUACCAGGAACGCACCUUCCAAACUCUACUGAACAGCAACAGCAGUUUCCGAGAGGUCCUGGAGAAGCUGGAGAGUGACCCUGUCUGCCAGCGCCUUUCCCUCAAGUCCUUUCUGAUUCUGCCCUUCCAGCGCAUCACCCGUCUCAAACUGCUGCUCCAGAACAUUCUGAAGAGAACACAGCCUGGCUCCUCAGAGGAAGCGGAGGCCACGAAGGCACACCACGCCCUGGAGGAGCUGAUCCGAGACUGCAAUAGCAAUGUCCAGAGAAUGCGGCGCACAGAGGAGCUCAUCUACCUGAGCCAGAAGAUUGAGUUUGAGUGCAAAAUAUUCCCGCUCAUUUCGCAGUCACGCUGGCUGGUGAAGAGUGGAGAGCUGAUCGCUCUGGAGUUCAGUAUCUCCCCAGGGCUGCGAAGGAAGCUGAACACGCGUCCGGUCCACCUGCAUCUCUUCAAUGACUGUCUGUUGCUGUCUCGGCCCCGAGAGGGUAGCCGAUUCCUGGUGUUCGACCACGCUCCCUUCUCCUCCAUCCGAGUGGAGAAGUGCGAAAUGAAGCUACAUGGGCCUCACAAAAACCUCUUCCGACUCUUUCUGCGGCACAACGUGCAGGGCACCCGGGCCGAGUUCCUCUUCCGCACGGAGACCCAGAGUGAAAAACUUCGAUGGAUCUCAGCCUUGGCCAUGCCAAGAGAGGAGCUGGACCUUCUGGAGUGUUAUGACUCCCCGCAGGUGCAGUGCCUUCGAGCCUACAAGCCCCGAGAGAACGACGAGUUGGCACUAGAGAAGGCGGACGUGGUGAUGGUGACUCAGCAGAGCAGCGAUGGCUGGCUGGAGGGCGUGAGACUCUCAGAUGGGGAGCAAGGCUGGUUCCCUGUACAGCAAGUGGAGUUCAUUUCCAACCCAGAGGUCCGUGCGCGGAACCUGAAGGAAGCCCACCGAGUCAAGACUGCCAAACUCCAGCUGGUGGAACAGCAGCCCUAGAUGUUUCCUGGGAGGAAUCCCCUGAGCUUAAGGACCAGAUGUCCCUGGACAGGGCUGGCCCUGAGAACCCAGCAACAGAGGCCUUCAGUGGACCAAGAACUAGACCUUCCAAAAGCCGAAGGACAAACUCGAGCUGCCAGUCGCUAGUCCCAGGCCUCCUUUUUUUGUGCUUUGUGCUUGGUGGGGGGAUUUUGAGGGACUUUACUGGACUCUGGGAACCUUUUCUCAUGGGAAAAGGAAACCAGCAGGGCCUAAGCCAAGGAACUUUAUGUCUACUACCCUGUUACACUUAAACAUUCUCUUCUUCCAGGGUGCAGAUUCAGAGCUGACUGGUUUCCAUCAUGGUCAUAUGUUCAACAGAAUCUGACCUCAGGCCACUGGAGGGAGACGUUUAAGGGGGAUUAGGGUAUCAGAUGGGAGGGUCAACCCGGCAACCUUUGAGGUAUCUUCCAACCCUAGAGAUAUUCCAUAGUUAGCGGUGCAAGGUCAGCGCAUGCGUCUCUGGGACCUGUGUCGGGCGGUGGCUGUGUGAGGGUGAAUCGCUCUCACUCUAAUAAACUUGGCACUUCUCCAA